AAUGGAUUAAAUAUUUGAAUGGAAUUAUCAGAUUUUAUGAUUUAUUAACGUGAGAAGGGUAGAAUAGAGAUUAUCUAUUCUAAUUAGUUAUGGAAUGCUGCGAGAUUUCCUCCGUGCGGAUUAUUGCAGUUUCUCAGAAAAAUUGGUUCCAGAUUUAGUUUAAUUCCUUCUCCUCCGACGGAGUCGUGCCGGUGCAGAACGAAUCGGGUCAAUACGUACCGGGUCCCGUCGUGAACGGAUUCCCCACUUUUGAAAUGGAUUACGCGGUGCCCAAGCCAUUCAUGUACAAUUUCACCUCGCAAUCCAUCAGCCAGAGAGUGUUGUCGUCGUCAAUGGAGGUGGGGGUGGUGCCGGAGGCGGCGGAGAGCUUGGGGAAGAGCGAGAGCGUGGCGGUGCUGGGAAUGGAUAGAGAGGCGAGGGUGCUGAGGUACAGAGAGAAGAGGAAGAACAGAAAGUUCGAGAAGACGAUUCGAUACGCGUCGAGGAAAGCGUACGCGGAGACGAUGCCGAGAAUUAAAGGGAGAUUCGCGUAGCGGUCUGAGCUGGAGGUGGAGUCGCACCUCGGUGGCGACGCUGCGUCGUACGGUUGUCCAAAUAUGCAAAAAGUUCGAGAAGAUGAUUCGAUACGCGUCUAAAAAACGUUGUCCAAAUACACGAGUUGCAGUAAUUCGUCGGAGGUUGCACAUAAUGUAUAUU